UUCACUACAUUUACUACAAAAAUGUGCUAUAGCAUGAUAUAUAUUAUCUGGUUAUGAAAUGAGCUAUAUCAAGAUAUGAGAUUUUGAGGAAAUAUUGCACUAUUUGGUUUCAAGUUUAUACAUAUGGUCAAACCUUUUGGUUUGUAUGAGUGAUUAAUUUAUCUUUCUCUUUCCCCCACAGAAAUUCAUGUGGCAGUGCAAACAGUGCAGGAAAGCAGUGUCAACAAGGUUUCUACUAUUGAAGCAUUACAGAGUAAGAGUUGGAUUGGACCAGGAUGACAGACCCAUUAAAGCUGCGGAUUAUCCUGGGAGAAAACAAUUCCAAAAAAUUGUUCCUGCCUUUUGGAAUACCAGAGUCAGUAGACGACCUUAAACUUGAGAUCCAAAGACAAUGUGCAGUUGCAGAGGACUUCAGAUUGCAAUACAAGGACGCUGAUUUCGGCGAAUUUUUUAAUCUGAUCUCAACAGCAGAUCUCCAAAACUUAGGCACAGUUAAAGUGAUAAAAAAUGCGCAGGAAGGACCUAGUGUAGUGACUCUUUCAAGUGCAGGUAGUACUCUCUUUGUGGGAUCCAGCUCCUUUUCUUCUACGGACACCGAGAUACUCUCUUCUCCUGAGUCAACAUCCUCAACCUCGACAAUGAGAUCUCAAGCCUGGCCAGCAAGCUUCCCUAUACCACAGUUCUCUUAUGAAGUAGAGCUGCAACUGGUGAAGGCCAAUCAGGAAUAUACAAAAAAUGGCACUUUCCUGAACCCAAGCCCAAAACUUAAGUCCUCCAUUUUAGAGUCAUUGGCUUCUGAGAUAAUUAAGUACAAAGCUUACCCUAAUAGUGCAGAGUUCGAUGAUGUAGCAGAAGCUUUGAUUAAAAAGCAUGCAUGCCUAAAGGAGCAAGGUUCUGUCACUGGAUUCUAUGGUUGGAAGAUCAGUUUAAAGUACAAGAUGGCGAAUUAUCGCACUAGCCUAAGAAAUAUAACCUCUGAAUUGAGCAUCAAUUCCCUGAAACGCAGACGAGGCGACACGCAUAGAAGUCCAAACCAAGUUAAAAAACCCAGGAGAGCCGAAGUAAACUACUUACCAGACUAUCCAGCCGGAGAAGACAAAGAGAGUAUGGAGAAAGAGAGGUUGGAACUACUAUCUGAGGUCAACAAGAGGGACAACCAUCAGAUAAUCAAAAUGAAGAUGGACAAAACCUUUGCCCACAGGAGGCAUGAGGUUGUAGUCGACAUGCCCUCCGUUGAAGAAUUCAAGAGCAGAUGGCCAGCUCUUUUUUCUGAACGUGAGAUAUGCGCAGAAUUCACACGUAUUACCACCAUCGCACUAUUGUCCAAGUUUAUGUCAGAACUUGACCACCACUCUCCCAAGCUCUCCAGAGUUUGUCGUAAGAAGGGAGGUGCAGCAGGACGCAAGAUUGCGGAGAUCAUGGCUGUCAUUGAAGAGAAUGACACCAUUGCUACAAGGAGGGUUUGCAACCUGAAAUCACUGGCUGUGUAUUUCAAUGAGGACCCAGAGAAGCUCAUAAAGGAAUAUCUGGACGUGAACUUUGACAAUGCCCAGAGACAGAUGGAUGGGACUGCCAUCGGGAUCUAUGUCAUCAAACAUGAGGGAGCAGAUGCCUCCGAUCCACCAGAAGAUGUAGGGAUCAUAGUUGAGGAUGUUGCUGUGCUCCAGGACAUUGGAGAUGCCGCCACGGCCACUGCUCUGCUGUUAGCGGUCAUCUAUAAUCUGAACUUGAGCUACCCGCCUGAACUCAAGUACACUUUUGAGUUUCUUCAAAAAGUCCUGAUGGGAAUUGAUACCAACCGCCUUUCAAACAAGGUCCAGGUACUGAAGAACAAACUUCAUGAAUGAGGUGAGCGCUCUUUGAGCCAUGCAGGGGGAGAAGUGGUUUUAUUGACUGUUCAACUGUUCGUAUGCUCUCUCAAGUUGCUUGAUCCGAGCGAUGUCUAAAGGGUUGAGGAAAACUCAUGUGUUAUGGUUAUAUAUGCACUUCAGCUGUAAUAUACACUUUAGCUUCUCAUUUGAAAGUAUGUAAGUAAAUAUUUUGUAAACAUGUUCUGAAACAAAUUACAGAAUUCUUGUAAUCCCUUUCUAUUUUACAUGUAUGUUGUUAAAGGACAGUUUUGAAAGAGGAACAUGAGGAUAUACGAGGAUUCAGGUUUUAUGUAUUUAAACUGUUGCAGUUUUAUUAUUCUCUGUCAAGUAGCGGUUACCUAUGGAAGCCCAUUUCCGCAACUGAUGAAGAGAAAA